AUGUUUGGAAACAAUGACAACAAAAGCCCCGGCUUCUUCGGAGGCAUCGGCAACACUGUUGGCAAGACAGUGGGCGGCGUGACAGGCGUGGUGGGCACUGCCGUGGGCGAUCUGGGCAAGACAGUGGGCGGGGCAACCGAGGGCCUUGGGAAGACGGUCACGAAUGCCAGCGAAGGACUGGGCAAUACCGCCAAGGGGGUGGGCAAGUCUGCGGGGGAUACAUUCAGCGGUCUGGGGAAGAAGAACUAG